AAGACACGCGGUACUACUACUUAUUACUUCAAAUAUAUAAUAAAUAUUAUUUAAUAUUUUACUUGUGUGGGUUAGAUGUAAAUAAAUAUCAAUAUGAAAAAAGCAAAUAAACGAAAAAGUGUUACUUUAGUAUUUGAUGAGGAUAAAAGACGACAAUUUUUAGGAGGAUUUCAUAAACGAAAAGUACAACGACAGAAAAAAGCUAAAGAAGAAUUCCUAAAGCAAUUGAAAGAAGAAAAAAAAAGAAUAAAACAAGAUGCACGUGAACGAUAUAAAAAAUUAUUAUCAAAUCGUGACGUACCAGAACUUGAGAAAUUGCUAUCAGAACGAGAAUUCGAAACAGAAACUCAUACAGUUAGUAUCUUAGAAAUGGAUAUUGAAUCAUUAUACGAAAAGAAUAAAUAUAUUGGAAUCAACAAAGCAGUUGACAAUAAGGAAGAAGAAUUUGAAAAAGAGGAAGAGGAAGAGGAAGAUGAAGAAAGUGAAGAAAAAUCUACAGCAAAAACUUCUGUACGAGGAGUGAAAGGUAAAAAUAUUGAAUCGGCAAAGGAUUUAAAAAAAGCUAUUAAAUAUGCCGCAUUGAAAGAAGUGAAGAAAAGUAAAGUGUUUCAACAGAAAAAUAGAUUAGAACACAACAAAAAUAAAAAGUUAAAUAUUAGGAAAAAGAAAAAACAAGAGAAAAGAUUGAAAAGAUGUGAUGGAAAAUUGAAGAGGAAAGGAAAACGCUAAUUUGAUAGGAAACGCUAUUACGCUGUUAUGUACACUUUCAUGUAAUUUUAUAGAACAAUUAUUUUUAAAUAUUAUAAUUAAGCAAAAAUAUUUUUCAUG